GACGCAUUUGACAGACGCGCUUCCUCUACAGAACAGGCUCCGAGUGAAGAACAUCACGAGCUCGAGCCUCAAAUAAAAGCAUCAAAAUAUCAGAUCUGAAGAACCAACAGCGGAUUAAACGACGCGUGACAGCUCUAUAAACGGCUCAACACCACAGAAUACAGCAUGCCGCAGAACGAGCACAUUGAGUUACACCGCAAGCGGCAUGGCUACCGUCUGGACCACCACGAGAGGAAGAGGAAGAAGGAGAGCCGAGAAGUGCACGAAAGAUCACACAAAGCCAAAAAGAUGAUCGGCCUCAAAGCCAAACUCUACCACAAACAGAGACACGCCGAGAAGAUCCAGAUGAAGAAGACCAUUAAGAUGCACGAGCAGAGGAAGAGCAAACAGAAGGACGAUGACAAGACCCCAGAAGGGGCGGUGCCAGCUUACCUGCUGGACAGAGAGGGCCAAUCACGCGCCAAGGUUCUCUCCAACAUGAUCAAACAGAAGAGGAAAGAGAAAGCUGGAAAGUGGGAGGUUCCUCUCCCGAAGGUUCGAGCCCAGGGCGAAACCGAGGUUCUGAAGGUCAUCCGCACAGGAAAGAGACAGAAAAAGGCCUGGAAGAGGAUGGUGACCAAAGUCUGUUUCGUAGGAGACGGAUUCACACGCAAACCGCCCAAAUAUGAGCGCUUCAUCAGACCUAUGGGUCUGAGGUUUAAGAAGGCACACGUCACUCAUCCUGAGCUGAAGGCCACCUUCUGUUUGCCCAUCCUGGGUGUGAAGAAGAACCCGUCCUCCUCCCUCUACACCACUCUAGGGGUCAUCACCAAGGGAACGGUCAUCGAGGUCAACGUCAGUGAGCUUGGAUUGGUCACGCAGGGCGGGAAGGUCAUCUGGGGUAAAUACGCCCAGGUGACGAAUAACCCCGAAAACGAUGGUUGCAUUAACGCCGUUUUGCUCGUAUAAUGGAAACCUGAAACGUUGGAUAUGGAACUGUGCCUCCGAGUGCAAUACUGUUAAUCACAUCAGAAAUCAUCUGGGAACUCAUUAGAAAAGAUGAUUUGAAGACAGUUGAUGGAGUUGCGUCAUCACUUCUGGAUCAGAAAUAAAGUGCUGUUUUUUUCUUCUUCUAAAA